GUUGCGUCGGCGCUGUGGGUGCCGGAAGAUGGCGGCGCGGCGCUGAGGGGCGGACGGGGCCCUGCGAGAAGGAGGUACCGCCGCGCUCCGGGCCGCCCAUGGCCUCGGGGCCGCCUCGGGAGCCGCCUCGGGAGCCGCGUCCCGUCCGAGCAGCGCCGCCGCGGGGCCGCUCCGAGGCCGAGGGCCGCUGAGAGCCGCGCCCGGGCCUGCAGCGCUCCGCGUCCGGCGGUGGCUGCGGGGGGAGGCCGGGCCGGGCCCGAGCGGCGCGGGGCGCUCAGCGCCUCCCGAAGGCCCCGCGAUGUCCGAAGCGCAGCCCCACGGUCAGCACCCCCCGCCCAACCACACCGGGGCCGCGGGGGGCACCAACCGGGCCGGAAGGAACGCGGCCCUCAACCAGAACCCUCUGAUAAACGUCCGCGACCGCCUCUUCCACGCGCUCUUCUUCAAGAUGGCAGUGACCUACGCGCGCCUCUUCCCGCCCUCCUUCCGCCGCGUCUUCGAGUUCUUCGUGCUGCUCAAGGCUCUCUUUGUGCUCUUCAUCCUGGCAUACAUUCACAUCGCCUUCUCCCGCUCACCCAUUAACUGUUUGGAACACGUGAGGGACAAAUGGCCACGCGACGGCAUCCUGAGGGUGGAAAUCCAGCGCAACUCCAGCCGGGCCCCCAUCUUCCUGCAGUUCUGUGGUGCUGAGAAGUUCCCAGGAAUGGUAGUUGAGCCCACAGCUGAGGAAGAGGAGGAGGAAGAGGAGGAAAUGUCUGUGGAUAUGUUUGAAAACAGCUCUAUCAAGUUUGAGCUGGAUAUAGAGCCCAAGGUGUUCCUCAAGCCAUCCCGGAUGAGCAGCACUGAGGCGCUGGCCCACAACGAGAGCCAGGAGUUCUCAUUUAGUGAAGCAGCCACUAAAGGUAUGCAGCCUCUGCGGGAGACUGUGUCCGAGUUUGAGAUGCUAGCCAGAGCAGUGUGGCCACAGGAAGAGUACAUUGUGGAGUAUUCCUUGGAGUAUGGGUUCCUGCGCCUGUCCCAGAGCACACGGCAGCGCCUCAGCAUCCCUGUGAUGGUGGUGACUUUGGAUCCUACCAGGGAUCAGUGCUUUGGGGACAGGUUCAGUCGUCUGUUGCUGGAUGAGUUCCUGGGUUAUGAUGACAUCCUGAUGUCAAGUGUCAAAGCCUUAGCUGAAAAUGAAGAAAACAAAGGUUUCCUUCGCAAUGUGGUAUCUGGGGAGCACUAUCGCUUUGUCAGCAUGUGGAUGGCUAGGACGUCCUACCUGGCAGCCUUUGUCAUCAUGGUCAUAUUUACUCUGUCUGUUUCGAUGCUCUUACGCUACUCGCACCAUCAGAUCUUUGUCUUCAUUGUUGACCUAUUACAGAUGCUGGAAAUGAACAUGACAAUUGCAUUCCCUGCAGCUCCCCUACUCACUGUCAUUCUGGCUCUAGUGGGUAUGGAGGCCAUUAUGUCAGAGUUCUUCAAUGACACCACGACUGCGUUUUACAUCAUCCUCAUUGUGUGGCUGGCUGACCAGUAUGAUGCCAUCUGUUGCCACACCAAUACGAGUAAGAGGCAUUGGCUCAGGUUCUUUUAUCUGUACCAUUUUGCCUUCUACGCCUACCAUUAUCGGUUCAAUGGGCAGUACAGCAGCCUGGCUCUGGUCACCUCGUGGCUGUUCAUCCAGCAUUCAAUGAUUUACUUCUUCCACCACUAUGAGCUGCCAGCUAUUCUCCGGCAGAUCAGAAUCCAGGAGAUGCUGCUGCAGAACCAACAGGUGGGCCAGGGCACUCAAACGACUCUCCAAGACAACCUCAACAACAACACUACCCCAGCUGGAGCGGAGGUGGGGGGCCACCGGCCCCACCUGGCUGCUGGCCCCUCCGGGGAGAGCAGCAGCCCAGCAGCUCUGGCCUCCAGCGAGGCCUCCAGCGUCAUCGCCACCGCCGCAGCCUCUUCAGUUGGGAGCGACCUGAACUGGGUUGCUGAGACGGCUGCCAUCGUCACGGAAGCCUCAUUUCUUUCUGACCUGAGCUCUUCCCUCCUGGAGCCGAACGUGGUGCAUGAAGCUGUGGCUGCUGGGAGCCCUCAGGACGCUGCUGCUGCCUCCGGCUUGGUUGCACGCAUCAGGGUGAGCAGCGACCACCCGGACACUGCUGUGGGCUCCAUCACCAUUGAGGUCACCUCAGCACCUGUGGUUGCUGCUGCAGACGGUCCCCCUGCUGCAGAGGUGGCUGCAGCUCCGCCUCCCAUCCCUAUACAAGAGGAUGGGGCCUCCACCCCCAGCCCUUCCCCUGCAGAGCAGACUGAGGCUGUGGAGAGCUCAGACAGCCAAGCAAAACCCAGUGGCAAGAACUGCAUUGCGAAUGGCAGUGUGGCAGAGUCCCCUCUGGCCUUUGUGGAGAACACUGAUCAGGACAAACUCUUGGGCUGUGCUCUUGGGGACCGGGGGGAGAGCGGCCCUUGCCCAGCACCAGCAGAUAGUACAGCUAGCUCCAGGCCUUGCUCGGAGCCAGACUUGAGGAGCCUGUCUUGAGUCCUUGUUACUGUCACUCUGGACUGCCAGGAAAGGCAUUUGGAUUUCGUUUGUUACUAUUUCUCACUUCACCAUCAUCCUUAACCCAUGAAUUCCUCUUCAUGGAGGCAGAGCAGCUGGGACAGAGAAGAGAUGCUGCAGUGAACUCCCCAGAGAAAAGCACACGUGUGCACAUACGAGGCUGGCACACAUGGGACUGCUCAGUGCCAGAUUCUCCCUGCAGGGAGGAGAGAGUAAGGUCACGUUUGCUCCCUCUGCCUGCAAUGCACCGGGGGAGCCCUGUGCCACUGCUGAGGCUGUGGGUGAGCAGGCUGGCUGUGUUUUCCGUGCUGUCAGUGUGCUGUCAUGGCUCUUCUUUGCCCCCUGAGGUUGUGUUGGCAGUCUGGGUGUUGCUUGCAAACAUGAGCUGAUUUGUGACAAA